AUGGCAGAGAACAAGCCGUACCGUUAUGGGCUCAUCGUUCUUGGGAUGGCGUUUGUGGCAUUGGGUCUGUUCAUGAUUUCUGUAGAGAAGCCACAGGUGUUCGCCACGUUCUGCGCUGCGGGAGUGAUAAUGGUGGUUAUGGGGACCGUCUGGUCGGUGUGUCAGUGUUACCCCAGGGUGACUGUCAUACUGCCAGAUAAGGAAAAGCUCUGUGGGGCUGGAAAACAGGACUUGAGUGCUGGAAGCUCAGAUGAAAAAAGUCCAACGAAACCAAUAACAGCUCCUUUGGCUGGCUUCUGUGAUGAAGAAGUAGAAAUAUCGACAGAUCCAAAACUCCACACAGAGAACAAACACAGGGAGCGUGUCAUAGUCCUCCACACAUGUCGAAGCUCUCCCAGUGUUCUGGCCUGCUCCAGCACUCCUCUGACAGACAGAAGAACUCCACGACCAGACCCCAACAGAGAGAUGUACUAUGGGAAAGUGGAGGACUCAUGUUACUACACAUCUGAGCUGGAGAGUGAAUAGUUCCUGCUGCUCCUAAUGUCCAAAUCAUCAUCUACAUAUGACUUAAGACAAGAUU